CCCGGGACGUCUAGUGAUCCCAUUCUGAAAAAUGUAGUGGCAUAUGUUGAAGUAUGGUCAUCCAAUGGAACAGAAAAUUAUUCCAAGACAUUUACAAACCAACUUGUGGAUAUGGGGGCAAAGGUUUCAAAAACUUUUAACAAACAAGUGACCCAUGUUGUAUUCAAAGAUGGCUACCAAAGCACUUGGGACAAGGCACAGAAGAGAGGAAUAAAGCUUGUUUCGGUGCUCUGGGUUGAAAAAUGCAGGACAGCUGGAGUACACAUUGAUGAAUCAUUAUUCCCUGCAGCUAAUACUAAUGAACAGUUACCAAACCUACUUAAAAGAAAACGUAGGUGUAUGCAGCCCAAAGAUUUUAUUGCCAGAACACCAGAAAAUGAUAAAAGACUUCAAAGGAAAUUUGAGAAAAUGAGUGAAGAAUUACAAAGGCAAAAGACAACUCUGGAUAAUGAAGUACGUGCUCUUUUAUUUGGAUCAAAUGCUUCAUUGAUGUAUAGCCCUACAAAAGCUAAUAGCAAUCAUCAUAGUGUAAUGGCGAAGAGAUUACAGGAGAUGAAGAAGAAAAGGGAAAAUCUUUCCCCUACAUCUUCCCAAAUGAUUGAAAAAUCUCAUGACAGUCCAGUUAAUUCUCUGUGUCUAGCAUCUCUGAACAUUUCACAGGACUCUUCAUGUUCAGAUGAUUGCUUUGCUGGUGUUUUACACCCAUCAUUUGAUGAUAUUUGUGAAAACGCAGGAAGUAGCAAUCAGGAAAUAAAAUUGGGAAGUCUCAGUAAUGAAAUUAGAAGUGACUUUUGUGUGUCUCUACCUGUAUUGAAAACAAGCAGUACACAUUCAUCACCAUCUUGCAGCUACUUCAACACAGUCACACCUCAAAGACCCAUGGAUAAUCUUCCAAAGGACAAAUCAGAUUGGAAAGAGAAUCUUGUUGGUGAAAUAGGCACUCCUGAAAAAAGACAAUCUGAAAGAGUAUCAGAGAUACUUGAUAAGAAAUAUCCCAUGUCUCCUAUUUUAUCUUCAGCAACAAGCUGCUGUUUGGUUCAUUCAGGACCCAGAAGUCCCUCAGCAAAACGAAAGAGAACAUCACCACACUUACAGUCACAUCCCCCCAAAAAAUUAAAGAAAAAAUGGAAUAGCACAAAAUCUACUAAACCAAAAGCGCAACUGUUCAAGUUGGAAAACAGACCACAUUCUGCAAACACAUCUGUCAGAGAGACUUCUGAUUGUGAGGACCCCUCGUAUGAUGAUUACUUCUCACCUGUGAAUCUUAAGGAAAGGAAUUCAAAGCAUCUUCUCUCUGAAUUUCAGUCAUCAUUAAGCCCUGUUCAGUUCAAAUGCAGAAGUAGCCUUUCAAAGAACGAGAGAGCAUAUGUAUUAGAAAUGUCUGAUUUUUCCUGUAUGGGUAAGAAAUCGAGAACAGUCGACAUCGCCAAUCUAACAGCAAAAACUAGCUCCAGUCUUCAGAAACCUGCAAGUGAUGAAGGAAGGUCAAGUUUGAGCUCCCUGACUACUAAGGAAACAGAUGCUGUAGAAGAAACUGUGGAGUCUUCUGGUCAAACUGAUCCUCAGAAAAGAGACGACCCAUCCUCAGAAGGACAUAACUUUCAUGAUAUUAUUAGUGAAAUUGUUAAUCAAAAAGAAUGUCCAGAGAAUGGACCUCCCGGUAAUUUAACUCCUUUGAAAAGAAACACGGAUAAAAUAAAAGAAUUGAUUAACAGUAAAAGCAUGCAGAAAGAAAGUAGUACUUCUAAAAUGUUGAACUUGCCCGAGAGUGACACACAUGAUUAUAAGCUAAAAUUUGUAGAUGAUUAUAAUGUGGAAAAGUCAACAGAAGAAAUGGAAAGUUUAUCCAGAGGAUAUAAGGAAAGUGUUAGAGAUGGACAUAUAAGCCAUGAUGUUUUGCAUGGCUCACUCGAAGGCUUUCAGGAACUCGGCAACCCUCAUGAAGAAUCAAACAAAAAAAGCAGUGUUAGAAAGCCAACAAGAACAUUAGUCAUGACCAGCAUGCCAUCUGAACUGCAGAAUGUCAUCACUCAGGUUGUGGAUAAAUUGAAAGGCUUCUCAUUUGCACAGGAAGUGUGUGAAAGUACCACUCACGUGGUCACAGGGAAGCCUUGUCGCACUCUGAAUGUGCUUCUGGGAAUUGCACGUGGCUGCUGGAUUCUGUCUUAUGAAUGGGUGCUGUGGUCUUUGGAAAGGGGCCAUUGGAUAUCCGAGGAGCCGUUUGAGCUUUCUCAAUACUUCCCUGCAGCACCUGUCUGCCGACUGCAGCGUCAUGUAUCAGCGGAGCAAUACCAAGGAAGCCUCUUUUCUGGGCAGCCAGUCAUGUUCAUCACUCCAGACAGCAGCCCACCCACUGCCAAGCUGUGCGAACUGGUCCGCCUGAGUGGAGGCCAGGUCACCCGAGUCCCACGCCAGGCCAGCAUCGUCAUUGGUCCCUACAGAGGAAAGAAGAAAGCACCAAUCGAGUAUUUGUCAGAAAAGUGGAUCUUAGAUUCCAUCACUCAGCACAAGAUCUGCCCCUCUGAAAACUACUUAUUGCCGCAACGAUGAAGCCGUCACUCAGCACGGGGCUGUUGCAGACAGCUUCAAAGUUGUCUUUGGACAGCCACAUGAGAAACAAAACUGAAGAGACACAACUGACAUAGAAAGGAUCACUUUUUAUGUCAUCAUAUGUUUGCCUUGUGUGCCUUGUGAAUUUCAUGUAAAGGAACUGCUUUAUGGACUUUCUGAUGGCUGAAUAUUAGUUUGCGAGGAACGCUGGCCAGCCCGAUUGGGGCCUUCCUUAUGUAAUGUCAGUCUUUGUAUCUUAGCUAGCGUCGUCACUGAAAGGACAGAGAACCUUCCUCAUUGAUGCAUAUGUUAAAUAGAGUGAUACUUAAGUUAUUAUUGAGAACAAAGAAUCCCCCACAUGUCUUGGCUCAGAUAUAAAAAUCUUGUUUAACUUACUAUGUACUGGAUAUAACAUACAUUAAUCAGCUAAUCAUGUUUUUUACAUAGCUGCAGUUCUGAGGAAAAUAAUUCAUGACGAUAUGAAAGAAGUGUGAGAGUGCGCCGCCAUGUUAAUUAGUACCAGCUGAGAAAGCUGGCUUCUCCGCGCGUCACUUACGGGGAAAUCACCCUGGAGAGAUCAAGGCUUAUAUUUGCAAGCGUGAUGCUGAAAGUCCACUAGAAGACUCUGGCAACUGAAACUGAAAUGUAGAUAUACUGAUUGGGGGCUUUUCAAUAAAUCCAACUAUGUUAA